GCGGGCCGGGACGGCGCGCGGAGCGCAGUUUCGUGGGACCAGGAUUGAAAGAAGAUGGCGGGCUCGUGGUGAGAAGCCGUCAAGGAGUAGAAAUUGGUAUGCUUAGAAGCAGAUUCUAAAAGCAGUUUCUCUUCAAAACAUCUUUUUUCAUACCACUUGAUAAGCAUCUUGAAACACCAUGGCUGUAGCUGCAGUAAAAUGGGUGAUGUCAAAGAGAACUAUCUUGAAACAUUUAUUUCCAGUCCAAAAUGGAGCUUUAUAUUGUGUUUGUCAUAAAUCUACGUAUUCUCCUCUACCAGAUGACUAUAAUUGCAACGUAGAGCUUGCUCUGACUUCUGAUGGCAGGACAAUAGUAUGCUACCACCCUUCUGUGGACAUUCCAUAUGAACACACAAAACCUAUCCCUCGGCCAGAUCCUGUGCAUAAUAAUGAAGAAACACAUGAUCAAGUGCUGAAAACCAGACUGGAAGAAAAAGUUGAACACCUUGAGGAAGGACCUAUGAUAGAACAACUUAGCAAAAUGUUCUUUACUACUAAGCACCGUUGGUAUCCUCAUGGACGGUAUUUGAGUUCAAACCUUGUUUCAACUUCUUCUGUAAUGGCUUUCAGUACCUGUUUCUCUCCUGCAUGUUCCAUAUUGCUACAAUCUGUUUUAAGCAUUCAUAACCAAAUCACUCUAAAGGUAUGUAACUUGAGGGAGACAAGACUGAAGACAGGGAGACUAGGAGUCUUAAAACCGGGCAUGUUGUCUUUAGACAUUUGUGUCUAGUACCCUAUGUUUAAUCUUAUUUACUUAAUCUUACUGCUAAUCAGCUUUUGACUGCUAGUUAAUUUAAUCUCCUGAUAUUUUUUCCCAUCAAAAUUACUAGGCGUUUUUUAAUUGUAACGUGACUUUAAUUAGAUUAUCCCAAUAUAUAUCCUAAUAAAGAGCUUGGCAGAAAAACCCCAGAGACUAGUUUAUGUGUAUAAAGAGAAAUUUUAUCUGUAGGCCUUGUCCUUGUAGAUGUAUCAUCUUGCUGAAUUUUAAAUAUGCCUAUGUGUAAUCACUUAUUCAACACAUAUUUAUUUGAUAUCUACAUCUGUAUUUUGGAUUAAUGUGAGUCAUUUUCAAGUGUUGGUUUCUGGAUGUCAGUGGCCAUUUCUUUCUUUUUGUCUGUCUAUCUAUCUAUCUGUCCGUCUGUCCAUUCAUCCAUUGAUUCAUUCAUUCAUUCUCAGCUUGUUUUCCCUAGUCAGACCAUUUCAUUUUAAACCUCAUUUAAUAUAUAGAAGGAUGAUUUACUAAAUAUUUCACAGUUCUUAAGUUACAGCAGUCAAAAGAAUGGGACUCAUUAUGAAUUUAAUAACUGGGGAUAUAUAACUUCCUCUUAAAUAAGUUUUUAUUAAAAGGUAUAAAACACAUUUUAUUUUUAUUUUUAUUUUUUAUUUUUCUGAGACAGAGUCUUGCUGUGUCACCCAGGCUGGAGUGCAGUGGUGCCAUCUCGGCUCACUGCAACCUCCGCCUCCCGGAUUCAAGCGAUUCUAGUGCCUCAGCCUCCCAAGUAACUGGGACUGCAGGUGCACACCACCAUGCCUGGCUGUUUUUUGUAUUUUUAGUAGAGACGGGGUUUCACCAGGUUGGCCAGGCUAGUCUCAAACUCCAGACUUCAAGUGAUCCCACUGCCUUGGGCUCCCAAAGUGCUGGGAUUACAGGUGUGAGCCACCAUGCCUGGACAUAACACACAUUUUUAAAAAGUAUUUUUAAACUAUGCAGAAGUAUUUAAAAUAUAAAAUACAAGUGUUCUCUAUUUCUAUGUUCUCCAUAGGGAAUUGGGUGUAAUAUGAGGUAGGACUAUUCAUAGAGGUAGAGGUUAACCUACCUAGAUGUUGAACAUCUUUUCAUGUGCUUAUUGGCCAUUCAUAUGUUUGGGUUUUGGUUUUUGUUUGUUUUCAGUUAAGUAUCUGUAGAAAUAUUUUGCCUAUUUUUUAAAAAGCAAAUUGGUUGUCUUAUUAAGGUAUAAAACUUACAGACCAAAGUGCUAUAUGAGCUAUAUGCUUUGUAAAUUUUUUUAUCUAAGCUUGCCUUUCACUAUGUAUAUAUGUAUGUAUGUAUUUUAAUAGAUGCUGUGUUAGAUGUGGUUUCCUAGGAGACCCUAAGAUAAGGAUUUUUUUGUUGUUGUUUUAUUUCAAUUUUUAGCUUCAGAGGGUACACAAGGGUAUAUUGUGUGAUGCUGAGGUUUGGAGUAUGAUUGAACCCAUCACCCAGGCAGUGAGGUAGUGCCCAAUAGGUAGUUCUUCAGCCUUCUCUCACCUCUUUCCCUCCUGUCUGUUGUCCCCAGUGUUUUUUGUUUCCAUCUUUGUGUCCGUGUGUACCCAAUGUUUGGCUCCCACUUAUACGUGAGAACGUGUGGUAUUUGGUUUUCUGUUUCUGUAUUAAUUCGCUUAAGGUAAUGGCUUCCACCUGCAUCUGUGCUGCUGCAAAGGACAUCAUUUUGUUCUUUUUUUAUGUCUGUAUAGUAUUCCAUGGUGUAUGUGUACCACAUUUUCUUUAUCCAGUUCACCAUUGACAGGCACCUGGAUUGAUUCCAUGUCUUUGCUGUUGUGAGUAGUGCUACAGUGAACAUACAAUUACAUGUGUCUUUUUGGUGGAACAGUUUCUAUUCCUUUCGGUAUUUACCUAGUAAUGGGAUUGGUGGGUCGAAUGGGAGUUCUGUUUUUAGUUCUUUGAGAAAUCUCCAAAUUGCUUUCCACAGUGGCUGAACUAAUUUACAUUCCCACCAAUAGUAUGUAAGCAUUUGCUUUUCUUUGCAGCCUUGCCAACAUUUAUUAUUUUUAUCUGUUUUUACUAAUAGCCAUUCUAACUAGUAUCAGCUGGUAUCACACUGUGAUUUUUUUUUUUAAUUUGCAUUUCUCUGAUGAUUAGUGAUGUUGAGCAUUUUUUCAUAUGUUUGUUGGCUGCUUGUAUGUCUUCUUUUGAGAAGUGUCUGUUCAUGUUCCCUAGCCCACUUUUAAUGGAAUUACUUAUUUUUGCUUGUUGAUUUAAGUUCCUUACAGAUUCUCAUUAACCUCUUGAAAUUAUUUGUAAAAAUUUUGAAUAGGUGUUUUUCUGGGCAGUGGAUUCAAAACUUUUAUCAGACUCUCAAUGAAGUAUGAGACCUUCAGAAUGCUAAGAACUAUCCACUAAAAGUGUCAUUCAGCAUACACUGUUCAACUAUAUUUACUACUCAAGACUGAAAAUGUUUGAGACUCUGAUAGCCCUAAACUGAACAAAGUCAAGUUCUAAAAUAUGCUCAAUAAAUGUCAAAUAGCAUUUACACAUAUCUUAUCAUGCAUGAAUUUUAAUGUGCACUACAAUCACUAGCCAAAAGCAAGCACCUUAAUUUUACGAUGACCUUAUUCUAUCAUCCAGAUUGGGAACCUUGCAGACACUAUUAAUUAAUACAAGAGUUAAAUUGAGAUUGCUCCUGGCAAACCAAGGUAUAUUGUUACACUUCUUAGAUUACACAAUGACUCAGUGACAUCUGGAACACUGGUCUACAGCUCUUAACCCAGAAAACUUUACCUCCUGGUUCAUACUAAGCUAGGUAAUCAAAUCUGUUUCCCACUGAUGGAAGUAGCUAAUUUUUGUUGUCUCCAUGGGAAAAUAUUAAAGUAGUUUCUUAAAUAAAGUGGUACUAUUAUUCAUGCAUUUGUAAGAUUGCCCUAUAUUUCAGAAAUUUAGAAUUAUUUUCUCCUUCCUGCCUGCCUGCCUCCCUCCCUCCCCCCACCCCCUCUCUUUUUCUCUCCUCCUUUCUUUCUUAGAGUCACGGUCUUGCUCUAACACCCAGGAUGGAGUGUAAUGACACAAUCAUAGCUCAUUGCACCCUCAAGCUCCUGGGCUCAAGUGAUCCUCCCAUCUCAGUCUUCUGAGUAGGUAGGACUACAGGCAUGUACCACCACGCCCAGCUAAUUUUUAAAAAUCGUGGGGGCUGGGCACAGUGGCUCAUCCCUGUAAUUCCAGCACUCUGGUAGGCCAAGGUGGGCAGAUCAGUUGAGCCCAGGAGUUCGAGACCAGCCUGGGCAACAUGGUGAAACCGCAUCUCUACAAAAAAUUUAAAAAGUAGCCAGGCAUGGUGGUAUGCAUCUGUAGUCCCAGCUACUCAGGAGGCUGAGGCAGGAGAAUCUCUUGAACCUGGGAGGCGAAGGUUGUAGUGAGCCGAGAUCAGGCCACUGCAUUCCAGUUUGGGUGACAGGGCAAGACCCU